GCUGAUUCGAGCUCAAAGAUGCACAAUCUUCUGUCUCGUGCUAACGCACUCCUAGCGUUCACUCUUUGGGUGAUGGCCGCAGUCACAGCAGCUUGUUUCCUGUCAACAGUUUUCCUCGACUACACUGUUCCAACCAAGCUCACUGUCAACGAUGUCAAAGUGAGAAACGUUGUCGACUACGCCACGGAUGAGCAACAAGCCGAUCUCGCCACACUAAACUUCAAUCUGAAAGUCGAUUUUUCAAAGAUUUUCAACUGGAACGUCAAGCAAUUGUUUGUUUAUUUGGUUGCAGAAUAUAAAUCGAAAGUCAACGAGGUUAACCAAGUGGUGCUAUGGGACAGAAUUGUGGAACGUGCUGACCGUGUGGUUAUGGACGAGAUCGGUGUCAAGUCAAAGUAUUAUUUCCUCGACGAUGGAACCAAUUUGCUUAACCACAAAAAUGUCACCUUUGUUUUGAGAUACAACGUGAUUCCAAACUCUGGCUAUCUUCGUCUUGUUCAAUCUUCCGAUCAAGUUGUUGUUCCGUUCCCAACCACAUACACAACUACUCGAAGAUCCUAGUUACAUCUUAUUUUACUUGUUUCAUAUGAAAUACUAUGGGUUAUGUGUUUCAUCCGUAAUUUAUUUAAUUCAUCCGAUUGUGAGAUAUUUCUUAACUUAUUUUUGAUUUUCUUCACCACAUUUCAUAAUAAGAUUUAAAAAUCCGGG